CCCUCUUUGCCUAACCUCCCCUGUUGCUUGUUAAUGCUCCGUCCCUUCCUUCUUUCCUUCUUCCUUUUUUUCUCCCUAGAAAAUAGUCCUCCUUUGGAGGAGCCCUUGUACAGUUUUUAGCUCAGGAACUUGUUGUAUACACAAAUAUCAACUCAGAAAGAGCACAUAUUUAUCUUUCAAGAACGACAGAAAAUGAAUCCCUGUUCGAUCCAGCAAAGUGCGUUUGUGUCCCGCGAAGAAAUGAGGAGAGAGGCAGUGGUUUGUCCGAAGCCUCGCCGUCUUAAUUUAUUAAGCGCCACCAUCCAUGAGCACCACCCAGUCAGGCCCUUCAGAUGGCACUUGGGGAGCCAAGCUGAACUAAGCGAUCUGAGAGCAGGGACUGAGGUUUUGGAGAUCAUCCUGACAAAGGGUGGCAAUGGUAUGGAAGAAUUUAGUGCACAGAUGGCCUCGUCGCCCCCAUUUUUUUGCGGGUCGCCGCCGAGUAGAGUAGCUAACCCAUUAAUUAAAGAUGAUCGGUUCGGGGAUGAUAGCUUCCCCCCGUUCUCACCGCUGUCGCCGAUCCCUGCCCCUUCAGGACUGUCCUCAUCUCCAUCAUCGUCCUCAAGGAAAGGAGGCUGCGUUCGCGCGAGUUUUGGGAACAAACCGGCGGUGAGAGUGGAGGGAUUUGAUUGCCUCAACAGGGACCGCAGGAACUGCGGUAUCCCGGCCCUGGCAUAGAGAAAGAGCAGAGGACCCACGAAUCGAACCACCACACCCCGACCACUAAAGUUAUCCCUUUUUUCCGCCAAAUUGACGAGCUCGGGAGAUUUUUGAAAUCGCGAGGGAGCAUGGAAGGAGAAUGUCCUUUUUUGUUAGUGUAUAUAUGUCGAAAAGGAUCCUUAUGUAAAUUGAGUGGGAAGUGUCUUGUAAGUAAGUGAGUUGUUGACCAAAAUAAUUGAGAGGAGAGUGUCUUUUAGGUGUGUCUAUUGGUUGGAAAGUCUACUGAGAGAUUUGAGUAGCCCCCCUUUGUUUGUCUUUCCUCUUUGGUUUAUUUUGUAUGUAAAGAGAGAGAGAGUCGAAAGAGGAUGGGGGAGUUUUUCAGGGUCUUUUGAAGUUUCAUGGAGCGGCUUAAAGAUGGUGAAGGUUGUACAAAAUCUGGUUGAAGUUGAGUAAUAGUAAAUUAUGUGUAAAUACAAA